CAGGUGGGCGGGGUUUGAGGUCAACUGAAGAAUAAACUGUUUUGUUUCGGUUUGAUGUGAAGCUGUUACUGAGGCAGAGCUCAGACGUUUCAAGCAGAUUUUGUUCUAAUUGUUCGAGAAACAUGAAGCUUCUUCUCGUUGUUGUGGUGUUUGUGGUCUUGGGCUCCAGCUCACUGGCAAAACUAUCUGAGCCCAAGGUUCAGGUGUACAGCUACAGCCCUGGUGAGUUCGGCAAAGAGAACGUCCUGAUCUGCCAUGUGAGCGGCUUCCACCCACCAGACAUCAACAUCGAACUUCUGAAGAAUGAGGUGGAGAUCCCUGGUGCCAAGCAGACAGACCUGGCCUUUGAGCAGGGUUGGAAGUUCCACCUCACCAAGAGUGUAUCCUUCACACCCCAAAACAAAGAGGAAUAUUCUUGCAAAGUCAGACACAUGAACAACGUCAAGAAGUUUGUAUGGGAGGCAGAUAUGUAAGAAGCCUGGUUAUGUGCCAUCUGAUGGUGACACGUAAUGCUGAAAAGAGUGCACUGUUUCCUGUGGUUACACUGUCUUUGGAGCAUUGAGCCACUAUAAAAAGCAUGUAUGACAUGAAAAAAACUGCAGUACCAAUUUUCACCAUGUAUCGAUCCAUGCAGUCAUGUAGUAGGUUGCAGGUUCUGCAGUGAUUUCGACUUGGACUUUACAGACUUGCGACACAGCCUUUGUAUACAUUAUGCGGGGUAGGGAUGCACGAUGAUAUCAAAAUCAUAUUAGUAUUGGCAGAAAAAAAACCAAAUAUCUGUGUCCGACAGAUGUUUAGAUUUGAGCUAUGUCUUAAACCGACAUAUGAUGCCUUAUUUAUUGUACUUUCGUUGGAACUGGGCUCCUGCAAUAAUAUGUCUGCAUUAUAUUCAUUUUAAUACAACUUUGUAGAAAAAGAAAUGUAUAGAUAUUUACGCAUAAUGCUGAUCCAGGUAGUCCCAAUUUCUACAUUUUAUAAAUGUUUAAACAGUCAUACGGACAAGUUUGGGUGCCCUGGUCACAUUACAUGUGUUGUUGAUAUUUUAAGUGGAAAUAAGUACACAUCCUCUACAGAGAACACAAUUCUACACAUUUAAAUGCCCAGUUACUGUUUAUUUGCUGAAUUGAACAUAUUUUUUAAAAAAUUUUGAAUACUUUGGAACUGUUCACGAAAAUGUUGGUAUCAGCAUUGGUAGAUCAGCAUUGGUCCAGAAUGUCCAUAUUAGUGCAUCCCUAAUGCCGAGCAUAUCUAUUUUGUAAAUGCUUUAGGUGGUGAAAAUUGGUCCUGCACUACACUUUGGAUUUGAUGUCGAUGUAACAGUACAAACUUUGGUAUAAUUUUAGUAAUAUCAGAUAGGUGGAAGAUAUGUGGACCACAUACUUAAGUGCUGAAAGUUAUUUUAGAUCCUUUAUAGAGCACAUAAGUGCACUAUACAUAAAAUAUGUAAUAUUUACUCCAAUGUUUAAAAUAUAUCCGAUAUACAUUGAAAAAGGAAUGUACGUUAGCUGAUACUUUAGAUCUUUAGUAAAUGUUUGCACUGGGAAAGGGGCAGUGGAGACUAACUUCUUCUUUUGUUUCUUUAGUUUACUUUAGGCACUGAACAGAGAAUUUGAGACUAGGUGACUUAACUACAAUACUGAGUGAUUAGCUUGAUUUGCAGUAAUUAACUUGAAGUGGAACUGUAGCCUGCUAAAGAUAUUCUUGCAGACGAAUGUCACAUGGAACGUGCAUAUUUUGAACCAUGGCCCAAUGUGUGUCACAUUUUAUAACACAGAUAUAUUCAAUAGAAUAUUUGCAAAUGCUUUACAAUUACACCAUUGUUGCUGUCAGAACAAAACCUUGUAUCAUUAUAUUUGUCUUUAUAUAUAUAUAUAUAUAUAUAUAUAUAUAUAUAUAUAUAUAAUUUGAAAACACUUGCUGUCCUUUACAGUGUGUUAAAAACAUAUGACGAACAGAAAUGCUUGUUCCAUUAACAUUCACACAUUAAGACUGUUUUUCCUUCGCUUCUAACAUUACCUGUUUGGAGACACAAGGUUUUGUUCCAAGAGUGACGAUAUGUGAAAAUGCUUAUACACAGAAUGCAACCACGUGCAGCUGAAACAUUGUAUGGUCUGUAUAAAAUCUAAAAGGCUGAAAAUGUGUAGACUCAGAUUACAUUUAAAUGAGUCGAAAUUUGCAAUCAUUGAAAGUAAAUGUCAUGAUUCACCUCAUCCUGCUUUGUUUGAUGUUUAAAGGUAUGUGUCAAUAAUAACACUAGCUGUUGAUGUAUACUUUUAACUACACACUCAAAUUAUGCUCAGCACUUUGUAUCUGUUUAUGGUGGGAUUCUUGAUCGUGAUUUAACAUGCAUAAUUAUCAGUUUUGUUAAGGGUAAUAACGAAUGUCAGUAGUGAAAUGCAGUGAUGAGUGUCUUUGUACUAAAUCAACUUAUGUGUUAAGCACUUCAGAGCAAAUGCACCAAGUCUGUCUCAUUCACUCCUAAGUUAAAGUUGGAAAAAAACAAAAACAACAAAAAAUCAAAUCAUUAUUAAGUUUAAGUUAAUAUUUUCUUGGUCAAAUAUGUUCCUAUGAUAUUAAUGGGUGUGCUAGGAAUACUUUAUUGUUCAUGAUGUACUGAUAAAUAAAAGUGAUGGUGAAAACUGGG